AUGUUGCAUCGCCAUGGCGUGCAUGGCGGCUCGAUCAAGGCCCAGCGCGAGGCACUGAGGAAGGCUCUGGCACAGUGCUUGGAGCAGUCUCAGAAAGCUCAGCAAGACAUGGCAGCUGCAGUCGAGGAGGAGAUGCAGGCAGAAAGGAAGCUGGAGCAAAGCACCGAGGAAUUCCGCACGCGCCUGGCUCGUCUGUCCUCCCAACCUCCCUCGCUCGAGACAAAGGCCUUGCUGGAAAAUCUCAGUGCAGCCAAAGCUCAGCUUGCCGAGGAUGAAAGGCACUUGUCGAUGGGGCUCUUCGAGCGCUGGCGAGAGCGACUGGACCAGGAACUGCAUGCUGGCGGAUACGUUGAGCAGAAGAAUUCCAUCGGCAAGAUUGGAAGAGAGCAGGGCUUCGUGACUGCUGACGAACUGGCGGAUGCCUGCGCGGCAUCAUCAGAAAUGGCUCUGCAGAAGUCCGCCUGCGCGGAGAGAUUGGCCGAGGUACAACGCCGGCUCCUUCAGUUUCGUAGCGAGCUGCGAGCGGAAGAAGCCGAGACGAAUGCCUUGUGCUUCCAGCUUGCAGAGGAGAGAAGGCGAUCCAACGAAUGGUGGGAGUGGCACAUGGCGAGGCUUCCUGAGUACCACAAAGAUCUUGAGAGUCUGAGGCAGACGGAGGCUUUUGCCAAGACCAUGCAGAUGAACAAGCAGGCGUGUAUACAAAGGCUUCGAAGUCAGCGCAGUGAUGAGGAGUUGGCUGGAGAAGAGUUGCGAGUCGCCAGGCAAGAAUUCGAGCAGAGCGAGGGAGAGGUAGAGCACAUCUUCUGCCUUCUGCAGGAGUCAGAGGCUCAGCAGCAGCAGCUGGCGCGGCAAGCCAUACUGGAGCCGCACAAAGUGAACCGAAUUCAUCAAGUUCAGCACAGCGCAGAGCGACUGCGCGAGGCGCAUGACUUGAGAAGCCAGCUGGAGCUUGCCAGCGAAGAGGCUCGCAAGACAGAAGCCAAUGCCAAAAUGGCCCGAGCAGGCCUGCAUGCAAGGUGUGCCCGCGCAUCAGAAGAGCUCCGGGAUGCAGAGAGGCAUCUGCAGUUCCUCAGAGAGCUUCAUGCCCGCGAGUUCAGUGCCUUGGGUGAUUUCGAGCGUGAGAAGUUGCAAUUGCUGCAGAUUUAUCGACAGGAGGCUGUCGAGCACGAGCGGACAAAGUGCCGGCUGCAAUCCCAAAGCGGACACUUAUGCCAAGGCGAUAUGUAUCCAUGCAGUCCCCAACAAGCUCCCAAAGCAGCCGCUUUGCAACAAAGCCGGUCGCCCUUUGCAAGCCAAAGGUGUCUCGAAGGGCCGCGACGCACGAGCACCGAAGACCUUCAAAUCCAAAUGCCGACCCAGCAAAGAUCUGUACGAAGGCGACCACUCUGA